UCUCUUCUCUUCUGUUCGGCUUAGUUUUGUUGUUGUUCUAAGUAAUAUUUAUAUCUGUGUGAAGAUAUAUAUAUAUAUAUAUAAUUUAUUCUUCUCAAUUUAUUUAUAGUUUCUAUUUUAUGUUUUUUUCACUGAAUUUCUGCCUAAAUCAUUAGCUUAGUAUUUUGUUUCUUUUCAAUUUCUCAAAUUUUUUCUUCCCCCUACAACACCAUUUCUAUCCCUCCACCCCGCAUUCUCUGUAUUUCUCCGAAUUUUGAAACAUUGUCCAGUUUCUUCACAUGGAUUUAGCUGACCGAGAUGUCGAAGGAAAACGUCUAAGAUGUGAAAACGCAUCAGAAGAAUCGAGUAGAAAGAACAACGGAGUUUGCGAGAAGAAGAUUCCUUCAGAGGAAGAAAACCAUAGUGGAAUUGAUAAUUUGCAGAUUUCAGACAAUUUAAAUAUGGCUGAAAGUGUGCUACCAAAGAAAGAUGGCACUGCUGAAUCCUUAGCAGUGAAAUCGGAAGAGAACGAGUCAUUAAUUGUACUUGACGAUGAUAUCCAUAACGACCUGGAUGCUGAUUUAACUGCAAGCGGGAAGAAAAUUAAACAGCUGGCUGGUGGCAAAAAGUGCAUCACUACGAAUACCACUGAAGGUGCCACCCCUGCUAAAAUCCAGAAAACUGAGCAGAAGAAAGACAGUAAAGAAGGAAAGACCAAAAGUCCUGCCAAUUCAGAUGACAAGAAAACAAAAGGAAAGGAAUCUGUAAACGUGGCUGAAAAGAAGGAAGAGUUGAACGCUGGAGACAAAGUGGAGUCAGUGAUCAAGGCUGAGAGUAACGAUCAAACCGUAGACACCAAUAAUUCUUCUUCAGUGACCAGAGACCCUGCAGGCCAGAUGGAAACCAAGCUCGCAGAUGCUGGUUCUAAAGAGGCCAGCAAUGGUUCUUCUUCAGAUCAGGUGUCAGAAAAGCCGGAAAACAAAAAUAAUAAUAACUUAAACCAAAGUUCUUCAGAGCCAAAUGUAUUGUCUAACACUUCGAAAGUCAUUAACAAGUCUACUCUGCUGAAAACAGCUGCAAAAUCCGAAGAGAACGAGUCAUUAAUUGUACUCGUUGAUGACAUCCAUAACGACCUGGACGCUGACUUAGCAACAAAUGAAAAGAAAAGUGAGCAAGCAAAUGGCAAAACGUCCACCACCGUCAGCACUACUGAAGCUGAUGCUGGUGCUAAAAGCCAGAAAGACCAAAAGACGGAUAAGAAGGUGGAACAGAAGAAAGAUAGUAAAGAUGCCAAGACCAAAAGUUCUGAAGACACACCUAAAACAAAGAAGGGUAAACCAAAAUCUGCCAAAACUUGUAAUUUGUGGAUUACUGGACUCAAAGCCAACACCAAAGCUGCAAAUCUCAAAGCACUGUUUGUCAAAUAUGGCUGGGUUGUUGCUGCCAAAGUUGUGACAACUGCACGGAUUCCAAGUCGUCGCUGUUAUGGUUUUGUGAUUAUGGCUUCAACUGAAGACGCAAACAACUGCAUCCGUCAUCUCAACCAGACCAAGUUCAAUGGCACAGUUAUUACUGUGAAGAUGGUAGGUGGAGCGAAGUGGAGUUGAGUGCUGUCGAAUGGG